AAAACAAGACGCUCAUUACUGACAGCCCUUUUAUCCUCCACCAGAUCAUCCCUUUCCUACUCAUCCUCACACAAACAAGAGAACCUUUGGUACUUGAUCGGAACAAAGAGGUAGACUUUUCAUCUUCAGUAGGCUUCAUUUAAACCAAGAUGGCCAUCACAGAGCCAGAAACGGCUCAAGCGCCAAAAGGCACUCAAAGAAGUGUCUUUGUGGAUCCUUCAUUCGAAAGUACUCCUGGCACGCCUGGCAGUCAUACCGCAAAUGGAUUACCACCAAGCAUUAAUCGUAUCCGUCGUGAUUUGACAGCGGCUCAAGGUACUCCAUUAAAGAAACUCAUGGUUGCCAAUCGUGGUGAAAUUGCUAUUCGUAUUUUCAGAACAGCUCACGAAUUGGCAAUGUCAACAGUUUCUAUCUACAGUUUCGAAGAUAGAAUGUCUGCUCACAGAUACAAGAGUGAUGAAGCAUAUCAAGUAGGAAAAGGUCUUACACCUAUCGGAGCUUAUUUGAACAUUCCAGAAAUCGUUCAAUUGGCCGUCGAUACUGGUGUGGACAUGAUCCAUCCUGGUUACGGUUUCUUAUCCGAAAAUGCAGAAUUCGCAAAAGCUGUCGAAGCUGCAGGUAUUGCUUUCAUCGGUCCUCGUCCUGAAACAAUUGACGGUUUAGGUGACAAGGUCAAAGCUCGUGAAUUGGCAAAGAAGGCAAACGUUCCAAUCGUUCCAGGUACAGAAGGUGCUAUCGAGAAAUACGAAGAUGCAGCCGAAUUCGUCAAAGAAGUCGGUUUCCCAGUCAUUAUCAAAGCUGCUAUGGGAGGUGGUGGCCGUGGUAUGCGUGUCGUUCGCAAGCAAGAAGAAUUUGAAGAAGCUUUCGCUCGUGCAAAAUCAGAGGCCCAAUCCUCUUUCGGUGAUCCAACAGUGUUCAUUGAACGUUUCUUGGACCGACCAAAGCACAUUGAAGUGCAAUUGUUGGCUGAUGGACAAGGAAACUGCGUCCAUCUAUUCGAACGUGACUGUUCCGUCCAACGUCGUCACCAAAAAGUCGUUGAAGUUGCUCCUGCAAGCAACCUUCCCGAUCAAGUUCGUCAAGCAAUCUUGGAUGAUGCUUUGAAACUUGCCAGAACUGCAAACUACCGUAACGCCGGUACUUGUGAAUUCUUGGUCGAUCAACAAAACAGACACUACUUUAUCGAAAUUAACCCUCGUCUUCAAGUCGAACAUACCAUCACUGAAGAAAUCACAGGUAUUGAUAUCGUUGGAUCACAAAUUCAAAUCGCAGCCGGUGCAACUUUGGAAGAUUUGGGAUUGUCACAAGACACUAUUCAAAAGCGUGGAUGCGCAAUUCAAUGUCGUAUCACAACCGAAGACCCUGCUUUGAACUUUGCACCUGAUACUGGUCGUAUUGAAGUGUACCGUUCUGCAGGUGGUAACGGUGUUCGUUUGGAUGCUGGUUCAGGCUUUGCAGGUGGUCAAAUCACUCCUCACUACGACUCUUUGCUUGUCAAAGUUACAUGUCGUGGUGCAACAUACGAAGUCGCUCGUCGUAAGAUGUUGCGUUCUUUGGUCGAAUUCCGUAUCCGUGGUGUCAAGACAAACAUUCCAUUCUUGUUCCGUCUUUUGACCCAUGAAGCAUUUGCAACUGCAUCAACAUGGACAACGAUGAUUGACGAUACACCUGAACUUUUCAAACUUGUUCCAUCCAAGAACCGUGCACAGAAAUUGUUGGCAUACUUGGGAGACGUCGCUGUCAAUGGAAGUUCGAUCAAAGGUCAAAGUGGAGAGCCAGGUCUCAAGACAGAUAUCCAAAUGCCACCAUUCACCGAUCCCAAAGAUCCUUCCAAACCUUUGGACGCUUCUCAACCUUGUCAAGAAGGAUGGCGUAACAUCAUUGUCAACGAAGGUCCAGAAGCAUUUGCCAAAGCUGUUCGUGCAUACAAGGGUACUUUGAUCAUGGACACAACAUGGCGUGAUGCCCAUCAAAGUUUGUUCGCAACACGUUUGCGUACGAUCGAUAUGGUCAACAUUGCACGCGAAACAUCUCACGUUCUCAAGAAUGCUUUCAGUUUGGAAUGCUGGGGUGGUGCAACAUUCGAUGUGGCCAUGCGUUUCUUGUACGAAGACCCAUGGGAACGCUUGCGCAAAUUGCGUAAAUUGGUCCCAAACAUUCCAUUCCAAGCUCUCGUUCGUGGUGCAAAUGCUGUCGGUUACACUUCUUACCCUGAUAACGUCAUUUACGAAUUCAGCAAGAAAGCCGUUGAGAACGGUUUAGAUAUCUUCCGUGUGUUUGAUUCCUUGAACGCUAUUGACUCAUUGCAAUUGGGUAUCGAUGCCGCCAAGAAGGCAGGAGGUGUCGUUGAAGGUACAAUCUGUUACACUGGUGAUGUCGCCAACCCCAAGAAGCAUCCUAAAUACACAUUGGAAUACUACAUGAACUUGACCGAUGAAUUGGUCAAGAUGGGUAUUCACAUCUUGGGUAUCAAGGAUAUGGCUGGUCUCUUGAAGCCUGCUGCUGCUCGUUUGUUGGUCGGUGGUAUCCGCAAGAAAUACCCAGACUUGCCAAUCCAUGUUCACUCUCACGACACUGCCGGUAUUGCUGUCUCAAGUAUGUUGGCAGCUGCAGAAUCCGGUGCUGAUGUUGUGGAUGUCGCCGUUGACUCAAUGUCUGGUUUGACUUCUCAACCAUCCAUGGGUGCAGUUGUCACAUCUCUUGAACAAACCGGUCUUGGUCCAGGCAUCCGUCAUGAGGAUAUUCAAAAUCUCAACUUGUACUGGACUCAAAUCCGACAAUUGUACUCUUGCUUCGAGGCAAACUUGCGUGCUUCCGAUUCUUCCGUCUUCGACCACGAAAUGCCAGGUGGUCAAUACACCAACUUGCGUAUGCAAGCAGAGGCAAACGGAUUGGGUGAACAAUGGAACCAAAUCAAAGAUGCUUACAUCGAAGCAAACCACUUGUUGGGUGAUAUCGUCAAGGUCACACCUUCUUCCAAGGUUUGCGGUGAUCUUGCUCAAUUCAUGGUCGCAAACACGAUGUCUCGCAAAGACUUUAUCGAUCAAUGCGACAAGAUUGAUUUGCCUGAAUCAGUCUACGAAUACUUCCAAGGUCGUUUGGGUGUUCCACCAGGUGGCUUCCCCGACUUCCGUGACAAGCUCUUGCGUGGACGUAAAAAGGUUGUCGGUCGUCCAGGUGCUGAUUUGGAACCAGUUGACUUUGCAAAGAUUAAGAAAGAUUUGGCAAAGCGUUACAACCGUGCAUUCUCAACUUGCGAUGCCGUUUCUUAUGCCUUGUACCCCAAGGUGUUUGAAGAAUUCCAAGACUUUAUCGAGCAAUACGGAGAUCUUUCAAGCUUGCCAACACGUUACUUCUUGGGCAAACCCAAAGAAGGAGAAGAGAUUCACGCUUACAUUGAACGUGGUAAAUUACUCAUCGUUCGUUUGUUGGCUGUUGGUACUUUGUCAGACCAUGCUCAACGUGAAGUUUACUUUGAACUCAACUCUGAACCACGUUCGAUCAUCGUUGAUGAUAAGACGGCAAGCGUUGAUACCGCUCGCCGUGAAAAGGCAUCAUCCGAUCCAGGUUCCGUUGGAAGUCCUUUGUCGGGUGUUUGCGUUGAAGUACGUGUUCAAGAAGGCGGUAGCGUCAAAGCAGGUGAUCCAUUGGUUGUUAUGAGCGCAAUGAAGAUGGACACUGUCGUUUCUGCUCCUGUUUCCGGUAAAGUUCAACGUAUUCUGGUUGCUGCAAACGAUUCCGUUUCCCAAAGUGAUCUUUUGUGCGAGAUCAAACACGAGUAAUUGUAACAAUCUUUCAAAAACAAACUUUUUCAUCUAUAUCUCCCCUCUAUUACCUUUCUUCUAUUUGUUUUUGUUCCGUAGCUAAUCGAAAGAGAGAGAAAAAAUCCAAAGAAAUCAAUCUGAUACACCUCAUUCUUAACAGAAUAUUGAAAACAA